CGGAGAGCGAGUGCACAAAAACGUGCUUGCUAAUGCGACUGCCCCCGCCUUUUUUCAUGCUUCCGGUUCUCCGCAUUUAGCCAUGGUCGACGGAGCCCCGUCCGUCGUCGAUCGAUCGACCGACGGACUGACUCCUCGAUCGCAUCGUCCGGCGGUCGCCGACUCGUCGAUCGACCCAUGGACUGGACUCCUCGAUCGGCGAUUGCAUUCUCCGGCGGCGCCGCCGGCCGCCGCCGACUCGCCGGACCAGGUAGCUGGGCGCGCGGCCGCUGGCGGAGGGCCGUACUCGGAUUUUCUCUGUAGUUCGAGGCUGGCUGCGGCGAGCCAAGCAGCUGAUCGACGACGACGACGACGACGACGCGUGCCUGGGAAACCGUCGAUCGGCCGGCGCAUCCGCCAAGAAGCCCAUUGCUGCGCGCUUUCAUCCUUCCGCUCCAAACAGGUAAUUCGUGUUCUUUAAUUAAUAUUAUAACCCCCUUCCCGGAAAGUGGUUAUUCAUUCUCUUGUUUGAUGCAUGUCAGCAGCGUCGUCCUUCUAAACUCGUGUGCAUGGAUAAAAAUUACCGACAGGGAAUUUGAAUAUAGGGAAAACGUGCAAUGUUUUGGGCUUUUAAAUUGUUAUGCCCAAACUAUGUCUCGUACGUUACUGCUAUCUCAGCAUAGCUGCCAUUUUUAAAGCCACGGCAAGACGUAUUAUAUACCGCCUGCACUAAUAAAACUGAAAUCGAAUAAAACUCGAGGGUAUGAAUAGACGCUCGGCAACAGAAGGUUGAGCUUGAUGCUUCAACUUGUCACUUUGCCUCAUGAAGAGCUAACGGCACUGCACAUCACGGGACGACAGCGGAGGAGUGGGCGACGUACGAGAUCCAGAGGGAGGAAGUAGGAAUGGGCAUUCGGUUAAUAUGGGUAAUUCGGUUCGGUCUAUUUGGUUUUUACAAAAAUCGGGUUCUGCAAAAUAGGAACCGAACCCGAACCCAUAAUUACAGGAACCGAACCCAAAUAGACCAAAAAAUUCGGUUCGGUCUAUUCGGUUCCUAUAGAACCCGAAUAACACGAACUGGAGCGGGACACCGAAGCUAGAGCGGACGCCGGAGUUGGAGCUGGACCUGGGCGGGCGGGGGAAGCUGGAGCAGUAGCAGUAAGCCGGACGCCGGAGUUGGAGCUGGAGCGCAGCCGCGCCCACGGACCUGGGCGGGCGGGGGAAGCUGGAGCAGUAGCAGUAACAGUAAGCCGGACGCCGGAGUUGGAGCUGGAGCGCAGCCGCGCCCACGCAGGAGCAGCUCGCCGGUCGCCGGGAUUAGUGGAGCCGACGCCGGGAGCAGUGGACGGCGGGCUGCGGCAGGCGGCGGCCGAGCAGUGGAGAGGAUCUAGGGUUGGCUGCAGAGAGGAGCAGUGGACUGCGGUCGAGCAAUGGAGAGGAGCAGUGAACUGCCGGCUGCUGUACAGGCGUAUAGCGGUAGUGCGGUCAGGGAGACAGGGUCACAGGGAGGACCGGACUUCGGAGGAACGACCAGGGCACGUGAUAUUGGGCUAAGUGGGCCAAUUGGCUAUUGGGCUGACUGAUGACUGCUGUCUGUUCGGUUUUUUUUUUUGUCUAUUCGGGUUACGUGAUAUAAAAACCGAACCCUAACCCGAUAACCGAAUAGAUAUGAUCUGUGAACCGAACCCGAAAACCGAAACCCGAAAAACCGACCAAUUCGAUCUAUUCGGGUUCGGGUUCGGUUCGGAUUCGGUUCACGGGUUUGAAAUGCUCAGCCCUAGGAGGAAGGGGCCCCGGAAAAUGUCGGCCACCACACCAAGGCUAAAAGCAGACGUUUCCUCUUCGGUUUCUGUGAUUCAGCUAGGAUUGUUAUGUUAUGACAUGGCUAAACGUACAGCCUGCCUAGUACUAGCAAUUAGGCUAUUGCCAAUCGAUAGUAGUCAUUAAUAAAACACCACAUAAGAUUUUUUGCUGAUGUGGCAAGACAUUUAAUAGAAGGAAGAAAAAGUGGUAUAUCUUAUAUAAGAUACUGCUUUGACACGAGAUCUUAGGUUGUGGCACAAAAAAAUAAUGUUCGGGUCCACUCUCGUAGACACGACAUCACACCAAUUAAAUAGUUUAAAUUGGUGUGAUGUCGUGUCCAAACUAUUUGCUAGAUACUACAUAUUGUGAAGGGUAUAUCUUCCUAGCAGUAUCAUACUUUGUAUUUCAUGUGACAUAUUUUGAUAUUGAAGUAUUAUAUUUUGGACUGAGAAUAGCCUUAUUAUACUUCAUUUACAUACUCUAAAUACCACAAUCAAAUUUAGUUACUUUAGGAGCUAAAAGUGACUAAAAUAUUGAAAAGAUACACUUUUAGCCACUUUUACCUUCUAAAGAGGAGUUAUAAUUUAGGGCCUAUUUGGAUCAAGAUCUAAAGCAAAUUAAAUUAAUUUUAGCUCCUCCUUAGAAGCUAAAAGUGACUAAAAUUGUCUUUUAGUCAAUUUUAACUCUUUCUGUUGGGAUCUUUUUCACUAAUCUUUAGUCACUUUUUCUUAAGCUCCUAGGAUCCAAAUAGACCAUUAGUAAGUUUGCUUUAGCUCCCGAUUCUAAACAGACCCUCAAUAGAAUAUGUCUCGCUUUAGAUUUGUAUGAACUUUGAUACCUAACGAGACUUACAAGGGUAGUGUAUGUCAUUGGUCUCUAUAGUAUAGUGCCACGACACGUCCGAUUAUAAAAAUAGCAUACUAAUUAUUAAAAAAUGUAUGACUCCCACCAUUCACAUAUGUAAUACCAUGAGUUUAAAAUCUUAUCACUUUGAUGUAGCAACAUCUAUAUGUCAAGAUUGUUUAGCGCACCGAUCUCUCUCAAUGUAUGUCGGUUAGGGUAGAUUGAAUGUAGAGUAACUUUCAUGUGGAAAGAUACCAAUUCUGUGAUACGACAUGUUAAAUGCAUUUUAGACCUAAUAACCCCUAUAUAUGUUAUUUUUUAUAAAUGUGUUAGUCAUGAUGACUAUAUUGUUAUUCAACCACAACAUGUCAACAUCACAAAAUUCAUAGCUUAGAGACCAUGCUCAUUACAAUAAUAACUCACUAUUAACAUGCUUCUAAUAGACUAUUUUUACAACCAUCUAGUCUAACAUAAAACAAACAAAUAUUAUGGUGUUGAUAAUCUUAUUCAUCGGUGGAUGUAGUGACAUUGUCAAUUCAUUACACACCACCUAGAAGAGAAAUCAACUACGAGCCCUUGUAUGUAACAGUAAAUCAACUAGUUACCAUUUAACCCAGUGAUGAGUAUUCUCAGUAUAACAUAAGCUUAUUUUAUUUUAAUUUUACUUUCCAUUUCCAAUGACCUCCUAUUGAAAUUGAAAAUAAAAGAUGUCAACUAAUGUGAUACUUAAAGUUUACAACUCAUAAUAAUGACACACUACUACAUAUUAUCCUUUGUACUUUACUUCACCUUUUUGCCACCUAAUUCGCAAUGAUCUAUGUGCUAAAUACUCCAUCCAUGUGGUGUCAUUCAUUUCUCCACAAUAAGGUUGUCCAUAGAAGAUCACGUAAAAUAGGGUAUUUAUAUUGUAGAUGACACUGUUUGCAGAGUGAAGUUUAAAAUAAAGAAUAAGAUAGGGUAGCUAUUGGAGACAACAUAAGGGUUGUGAUUGCUCUCCUGACCCAAUGCCAAGACCACACACAACCAAAGUUACCCUAGAUCUGCAUCACUUUCUUCCUAUCUUUCACUCACUCUAGCGUCAAGGAUUAAAGAUAUUAGUAGUACUUAUACAUGCAAUAUUUAAACCGCAGCCUCACAGAAGGUUCAUCGAAUUCAACAAAUGACAUGAACACCAGAUUCUACUACACUAUAAGAUCAAAGUUGUAUGAACACAAAUUGUAUAUUAAAAAACUAUGACGCCUAAGAGAAGGAUAAGUUAGUCGACCUAUUUUAUCAACUAAGACCUCUAUUUUUGCCUAGCCAAAACUCAUGCAACAAAUAAACUAUCUUAUGUGUAACUACAGUUAUAAAGUGUUAUUAUCUCUACCCAAAAGAUAGAGAUGGCAAUGAGGACUCAAUCCUCGAUUCCCCGUAGGGAAUUCAUCUAUUAGGGCUAGUUUAAGAGCCACAAAACCGAAGGGGAUUGGAGGGGCUAAAAUUCUUUUCUUAUUCAAUUUUGAAUAAGAAGAGGAUUAUAGCCCCUCCAAUCCUUUCCGGUUUUCUCGCUCCCAAACUAGCCCUUAGGGCAGAAGGUUCAAGUUCCUUCCCCCACGAGGAUAUAAAUGGGAAAAAAAUUCUUCCUCAACGGAUAAACGGGGAAGCAUUCCACAUCACCGUUUAUCGCGGGGACCCAUUAAACUUGCACGCAACGACAUUUCCAUGUAAUAGUUAAUGAUAAAAAUAAAUAAUUAUCUUAUCAAGAGAUCACUCAUUAUAUAAAUAUGUUCAAUUUUGAUGUACAUAUAAUGAUUUCUUACAUCUGACAAUGCAUAUAAGUGGCAAGGUAUGCAUUAAUGACAAAGGAAGUAUGUUCUAAUUAUAAUUUAAACGGGGACGGAGAUCCUCGUCGGUGAUUUAUCCCCACGGGGAACAGUGAUGUGAAGAAAUGUCCCCCACGAGCGUUCGUGGAGAUCUCCGUGGGAAAAUUUUUUAUCGUGGGGACGGGGAUGGGGAACUAUUCUCUGACGGGGAAUUCUCCAUUGCCAUCCCUGCCCAAAGAGUUAUGCAAUCUAGAUUCCAAACCUAUCAACGAGCUAUCAAACUAAGCUAGGAAGGUAGAGCACACAACCAAAAUACACAAAAAAUGUGAAACCUAAGUACGAUAUAGAUACAAACUCACAUUGUAUCUAGUAUUUUUGUCGGAGUAUUGAGAAGGAUGCAAGUUUUCCUCUAGUCCUUGUUAGAACCCUCCCAAGGAUGCCCACUCGAUGGCUAAGCUCUCAGCCAGGUAAAUCUAUAGAUAGCCUUAAACCUUCUGCACAUGCAAGUAGUGCUUCGGUGUGGCAUGUCCCAAAUGCUCUCCAUUAUCUUCACUACCGAGUUUUCGAACAAAACACCAUGAGCCUUGCUUGUUUCUAUACACAGUGGUAGCCAUACCACAAACGUAGUUGGUGUGAUCUUGCAAAACUAUAAGCCCCUCCAAUAUAACUUAUUACAAUGGUGCACACAAGCACUAAGGAAUAAGAGGUGCUAUGACCUUACUCAAACACUAGGCCUAAAUCUAGAGAAAGUGCGAUAAGUGGUGCUUAACUUAAGCACUUCAUAUAGCACAUACUUAAUCACCAAGUGAUUUUUUGGACACUUGGGUGCAUAAGGCUACUAUAAAUGAGCAUCGUAUUUCUUGAUAUGUUUCUCAGCUCUCACACAGUAGUGAUUCCAGGGAGGGACAGAGGGGGGCAAUGUCCCCCCUAAUCCUCCCCAAAUUCCAUAGGAGCUACUAAUUUUCUUAGCUAAUCACCAUAUAAAUAAUAUAAAAUACCUUCUAACAACCCUCCUUAAUUUGAUUUGUCCCACUCAAACUCAAAUCCUCCUGCUCUCACACACUUUAAAUGGCCAGUUUAGGAUCCUUUUUAUAGCUUCAAAGAGUGACCUAAACUAAUAUGUCCGCUGGUGAGAAUAAUAUAAUACUAACAUAGGAAUAUAGCACAUAAAUAGACCAACAGAGGAUGGAGUACGGGGUAGGGUUAUCCUAAUGCCUUCGGUGAAAAGAAAAUAUCCAUGACCCAAGCCCCGUCAGGCGGGGCGGGCGCAGGGAUGAAAACGGACGGAAAAACCCCUCUCCCGUUUCCAUAUCCGCAUUUUAUCAUCGAAAACGGUAUCGGGUCCGGAAUAGUCGGGAACGGAAACGGGAGCGGGAUAAACGGAAUUGCGAAAACGAACGGAAACAGAAAUACUAACGAAAACUUAUAAUUUAAUACAAAUAGAAAUAUUAUUGAUAUUUGACUAGUGAUUGAUUGACAGAAUAAUAACAUAAAACAAAUAAUAUAGAGAUGCAACAUUCUAUUGUUGUUUGGUUGCUAAAUGUGUACAUUUAGCUACAUCCGAUGUUGUUUAAGACUUUAAAUCACUUGUCAUUUGAAAAAAGCUGGUGGUUACAAUGGCCAAUUGUGCUAUAAUUUGUCACCUAAAUACACGAGGAUUUAGUUUAUAUAAUAAUGCAUAUUAGGUUCGUCCCAUGUUUGUUAAAUACCGAAUAAAUACGGGUUCAAUCCGGAAAAAACGGGAUCCCGUAAAAACGGACGGAAUAAGUUCUCUCUCGUUUCUGUCUCGUUUCUAUAUUUUUUCGUAAAUACAGAAAUAGUCGGGUCAAAUAUAGAAAACGGUACGGAUCGGGAUGUGAUUUUUUUGGUCCGUUUUCAACCCUGGCGGGCGCGUCGCGCCGUCGCCUAUUGCUGGACAUCCACUGCUCAGUGACGCGGGUGGCCGCUCGCCUCGCGCAGCCGCACACCGUCCGGAGAAAAGGUUCCACCGUCUACCUCGGCCCGACCGGAACCCCUAAAUUUCCCAACCUUCCCUUUCCCCUUCCUCCUCCAGUCCACCGCAUCACCACACCCCGUCUCCACCCCGUACAAAUCCAAAAGAGGGCGAGGAGGGAAACAGAUCGGCUGGCGGCAAUCGGUAGCCGGCUUGGCUGGCACGAUGGGCGGCGAGGCCGAGGGCGGGGAGCGGCGGCUGGGGCGGGUGCUGAGCUUUGGGAUCCCGGACACGGCGCUGGGGCUAGUGAUGGGGUACGUGGAGGAUCCCUGGGACCGCGACGCCAUCUCGCUGGUGUGCCGACACUGGUGCCGCGUCGACGCGCUCAGCCGCAAGCACGUCACGGUCGCCAUGGCCUACUCCACAACACCCGAGCGCCUGUUCCGGCGCUUCCCGUGCCUCGAGUCACUCAAGCUCAAAGCGAAGCCCCGCGCGUCCAUGUUCAACCUCAUCUCCGACGACUGGGGCGGGUCUGCGUCGCCUUGGAUCCGACAGCUCUCGGCCACCUUCCACUUCCUCAAGAAGCUCCACCUGCGCAGGAUGAUAGUAUCCAACGAAGAUAUCAACAUCCUUGUGCGUGCCAAGGCGCACAUGCUCGUCGCGCUGAAGCUCGACCGCUGCUCCGGCUUCUCCACUCCCUCCAUCGCACUCGUCGCCCGUUCCUGCAGGAAACUGGAAACACUUUUCCUGGAAGAAAGCACAAUUGAUGAGAAAGAAAAUGAUGAGUGGAUCCGUGAGCUUGCUACGAGCAAUUCUGUUCUUGAGACACUGAAUUUCUUUCUAACAGAUCUCAGGGCAUCCCCAGAGUAUCUUACCCUCCUUGUGCGCAACUGUCAACGAUUGAAAACUCUGAAGAUUAGUGAAUGUUUCAUGCCCGAUCUGGUCAGUUUGUUCCGAACUGCACAAACACUACAAGAGUUCGCUGGUGGUUCCUUUGAAGAGCAGGGUCAACCUGUGGCAAGUAGAAAUUAUGAGAACUACUAUUUUCCUCCUUCACUGCACCACUUGAGUUUGCUCUACAUGGGAACAAAUGAUAUGCAAAUACUGUUUCCAUAUGCUACUGCACUUAAGAAGUUAGACCUUCAGUUUACAUUCCUUUCCACAGAGGAUCAUUGUCAGAUAGUUCAACGCUGCUCCAAUCUGGAAACCUUAGAGGUGAGGGAUGUCAUAGGGGAUCGUGGACUACAAGUUGUUGCACAGACCUGCAAGAAAUUGCAUAGGCUCAGAGUAGAGAGAGGAGAUGAUGAUCAAGGAGGUCUUGAGGAUGAACAAGGUAGGAUUUCACAGGUGGGGUUGAUGGCUAUAGCCCAAGGCUGCCCUGAGUUGACAUACUGGGCGAUACAUGUAUCAGACAUUACAAAUGCAGCUUUAGAGGCAGUUGGUACAUGCAGCAAAAAUCUUAAUGACUUCCGCCUUGUCCUCCUUGAUAGAGAAGCACAUAUAACCGAAUUGCCACUGGACAAUGGGGUUCGUGCUUUGCUUAGAGGUUGCACCAAACUACGGAGGUUUGCAUUUUAUGUGAGACCUGGGGCCCUAUCUGAUGUUGGUCUUGGCUAUGUUGGAGAAUUUAGUAAGAGUAUUCGUUAUAUGUUGCUUGGUAAUGUUGGUGAAUCUGAUAAUGGAAUCAUACAAUUAUCAAAAGGCUGCCCAAGCUUGCAAAAACUGGAGGUGAGGGGUUGUCUCUUUAGUGAGCAUGCUUUAGCUUUGGCUGCACUACAGCUUAAGUCACUGAGGUAUCUGUGGGUACAAGGAUUCAGGUCAUCUCCAACUGGAACUGAUAUUAUGGCAAUGGUACGCCCCUUCUGGAACAUUGAGUAUAUUGUUCCAGAUCAAGAUGAACCUUGCCCAGAGCAUAAGAGACAGAUUCUGGCAUACUACUCCCUUGCUGGCAGGAGGACAGAUUGUCCUCCAUCAGUAACUCUGCUUUACCCGGCAUUUUGAGUGUAGAUACUUGCUUUUUGCCAGACUGAAUCUCAUGGUACUAAGUUCCAUUGGUCCCACUAUCUGUGAAGUAAAUGGUCCCUGUUCUUCCAAUUGAUGAGGACAUGCAGACGUUCCAGUGCAAAGAACCCCAAAGGUAAGCUUUAAGCAGGACGGCCAGCUCUGAACUGAGGCUAGCUGAGAACAAUCAUGAAUACCUGAAGGCAGCACUUAUGUCAGCUUGGCCUAGCUGUCCAGUAUGGGCAUGUAAGCUUUACCAUCUUUUGUAGUUUUGGAGAAACAAUUUUGCAAUAACUACCCUUGUUUAGUGUAUAUUAUCGAUUUUCGUUCAUAUGCUGUUGUAUUGUUGUAUUGAACAAUUAUGUCAAUUAAUUAGUCUACACUCUACAGUCUAACUUGCUGUGAUUC